CUGAGGUUUUGAAAUGCGGAAAAACACUUGCUAUCGAGGAAACAGAACAGUGCAAGCCAUGGUAACUUGGGUAGUACUAGGAGGGGGCCUGCUCGCUCUCUAUGUGCUGAUAUACUAUAACCUGGUUAGGUGUCCGAAAUGCAGGAGUUCUCUCAAACUAACAGGGAAGACUGUCAUCGUGACAGGUGCCAAUACUGGUAUUGGGAAGGCCUGUGCCCUGGAUUUGGCCAAACGAGGCGCCAGAGUGAUUUUGGCAUGUCGUGACAAAGUCAAAGCUGAGGCCGCUGUUUAUGACAUAAGGAAGGAGAGUGGCAACAACGAGGUGCUCUUCAUGCAUCUGGACCUGGAGAGUCUUCAGUCUGUGCGAUCCUUUGCAGAAACAUUCCUGAAGUCAGAACCAAGGUUGGAUGUACUGAUAAACAAUGCAGGGUUGGCUAGAGGCAAAAUGUCAUCUGAUGGCUUCAGCAUUGAAUUCAGAGUCAAUCACUUGGGGCACUUUCUCCUGACUAUCCUGCUGUUGGAUCGACUGAAACAAGCAAAAGCUGGGCGUGUGGUUGUUGUGGCAUCAGAAGCCCAUCGCUGGGGGAGCAUUGAUUCUCAUGUUCUGAGUGGGGUGGCAACAAAGAACACUGGCUGGUCUACCUUCAGACCAUACUGUGACAGCAAGCUGUGCAACAUCCUUUUUACUAGGGAACUAGCAAACAAACUGGAAGGAACAAAUGUCUCCUGUUAUGCAGUACAUCCAGGGUGUGUCUUCACAGAUCUUUCCAGAAAUAUGAAGUUUUGGCAGAAGCUGCUUUUCGUUCCAUUGGCUAAACUUUUCUUCCGAGAUGCUGAGAAUGGUGCUCAGACCACAAUCUACUGUACAGUUCAAGAAGGCAUUGAGAUGCUGAGCGGCAGAUAUUUUUCUGAAUGCCAGGUGAAAGAGGUCAGUGCUUCAGGUCGAGAUGAUGCCCUUGCCAAGAAGCUGUGGGAGGUCAGUGAGAGGCUUGUAGGAAUAGCAUGAUUUGUUAAAGGGGAUAUGUGCAUAAGAUAUAUUGCUUUUGUGUAGCACUGUUACCUACCCAUAGAAGUUAUUAAUGCAGGUUUCUAGAGCACAGUUGGGUUUGAGAUCAGACAUAUGCUCCUUCUGUAGUAGAUGCCUUUUAGAAAGCAGAACUCUAGAAACUGUGUUAAAUAUAUGGCCUUUACUACCUACGCAUUAUCAUGACCUACACAUUAAAUUAGGAUAGAUGUACCUGUCUAGGUAAAUAUUUGGAAUGAUGUUGAUCAACAGACAGGAAAAUAAGUACAAAACUGUACAGGUGCAGUUAUACAAGUUACAAUGAGCAGAAUGUUAAUUCUGUCUCGCUAGAAAGAUGAUGAAUAAAUUGGAGGUCCCCACCUAAAAGUGAAUACUACACAUGAAGGAACUGUACUGGCCUGAAUAAAGUGCUGAUGCCAGUUGGUUGUAAUUCUUUAAUAUAUUGGCAUUAAUCAAUAAAAUAUUCCACUGUACAUGCAGCUUUAUAGCAAAAGAAAUAAAAUUAAAUUGUGAUGUUUAGUUAUUCAUACACUACUUUGCUUAUAUACUAAGUGCUGUUAUGGGAAAAAUCAAGGAAGACCAUGACAGGUGGGUUAAAAGCAGAACCAGCAGACAUGUUCAGAUAGAUGAUUGUUAAUAAUAAUAUAAUUUGACCAAUGCAGUAUUUGUAAAGUUUAUAUUAUUAUCUCUAAUAAUCAAAUGUGUAAUGUUGGUGUAAGCACUUAAGAGCUCUUUACUACUGUAGUUUGGAGAGCGUGAUGAUGUUACUGAGCCACUUGGCUGCUAACCCUAUCAAUGCAACCUGCUGUUAAAUGCUUUCUCUGCUGUAUCCUUGUCCCAUCCUGUAUGCCUUGUCUCAUUCUGUAGCUACUUUGUUUCUGCCAAAAUUAUAAUGACUAGAAUCGUGUGAGCGUAUACUUUUUGAUGUUAUAUUCACAAAUAAAUCAUGAGAAUUGAGGCACAUAGGGAUUCAGCAGUACAGCUGAUAUCUGGCCAUCAUAAGAAGCAGAUCUCACUCUUCCUAGUUGGGUGUUCCAUGAAGCAGGCUAAGUGUGUAAGCCCCACAAAGAGGAUUAGGGCAGGUUGAGCUCAGUAACCAUGGCUAAUAAGCAUCACAUUUUAGUCUGUUCUGUCCAGGACAAAAGACAAAAGAUUUGAUUAGAUAAACUUUAUUAAUCCCAUGGGGAAAUUCAGAUUCAUACACCAGCAGCAACAUUAAAAAAAUGAAAAAUGAUGACGUGUAGUGUGGAGUUGUGGAUUUAGGAGUUCAUGGUGGCUGCCUCACAGUUAGGAGACCUGGGUUCGCUUCCCGGGUCCUCCCUGCGUGGAGUUUGCAUAUUCUCCCCGUGUCUGCGCGGGUUUCCUCUGGGUACUCCGGUUUCCUCCCACAAUCCAAAGACAUGCAGGUUAGGUGCACUGGCAAUUCUAAAUUGUCCCUAGUGUGUGCUUGGUGUGUGUGUGUGCACACGCCCUGCGCGGGGUUUGUUUCCUGCCUUGCUCCCUGUGUUGGCUAGGAUUGGCUCCAGCAGACCACCGUGAUCCUGUAGUUAUGAUAUAGCGUUUUGGAUAAUGGAUGGAUGAAACUUCCAUUCAAUCAGACAAAAAAAACUUGUAGAAAAGUUAUGACUUUGUUAGCACAUUUAAUUUUGCAGCAUUCUUAGUUAUAUGCUAUACUGUCCAUUGGAAAUACCCAGAAUUAAUAAUAUAUCACAUUUAAAGUAUGUCAUUCAUGCUCAUUGUACUGUAUUUGGUCAGAGAGAGGAGAAAGAAAAAAUAUUUACUUGUAAUGGAGGGAUAAAAAUCAUAAAUACUAUAAAUACAGAUACUAUAUUAAACUCAAGUUGCAAUCUGCCACAGUUACAAGGUUUUUCAAAUAGACUACAAUGCACAUUAAAGGACUUUUAAAGGCAA